UUGUGGUUGAGUGUGAUUAUGAUGAUAGAGUGGGGCAUUUUCUCUCGGAAUCUCACCACGAAGUCUUUUCUCCCCACGAAGGAAUCCAUUUGCUUUCGUGAUGCUGUAACUGCGAAACGGUUUGAGAGGAUGUGUGUGUAUAAAACCCCUUUUCUAGGGUCUAUUGAUACCACAUUUCCUUUCAAAGCGUUAGCGAAUCUCUUGCUUUACUUUUUGAAAUUUACAAUAUUUCUGAGAGAAAUAUCGGAAGGUUUACGGAGAUCAAUUCAAGACAUCAAUUUAGGGUGUAAUGAUGCCCCUUUUGUGUUACCAAGGGAGGUGGUUCGUCAAGCCGAAGAAGAGAAACGGUUCAUCAUCAUUGGGCGCCCAGUUAUGCCUAGACGCCAGAAUCUCCGCGCAAUUGUUGCAUCUAUGCCUCGAAUCUGGGGUCUGGAGGGUAUUGUUAGGGGUCGAAUCAUCGAAGGACGAAGGUUUCAAUUUGUGUUUCCGUCUGAAGAGGCUUUAGAGACGGUCAUGCGAAGAGGACCAUGGGCAUAUGCUGAACGAAUGCUCGUGUUGCAAAGGUGGACGCCAUUGAUGGAUCUGGAGAUGCUCAACUUCAUUCCGUUUUGGAUUCAAAUCCGAGGCAUUCCUCUUCAGUUCAUGAACCAGGUGAUUGUGCGCAUUGCAAGGGAGAUGGGUCAGUACAUCCAGAUGGAGUACAAUGAAGAACUUGGUGGAAGAUUGGAGUUUGUUCGUGUAAGGCUAAACUGGAAUGUAUCUCAUCCACUGAAGUUUCAGCGAAACUUCCAAUUUACUCCGGGAGUGAACACGCUGCUCAAAUUACAAUACGAGCGGCUUCGUGGUUUUUGUGAAGCUUGUGGAAUGAUCACUCAUGACACUGGAGCUUGUGUCAUUAACAAUUGAGGACCUGAACCAGACGACUGUAAU